GACCGAGUUUGGUUUGUAAAGCUUUGGUUGUAGAAAAAGAGGUUCUAUAUCUUUGUUCUUAAGAUUAUUGUGAAUUGCUUCUUUGCUAGGCCCUAGGGACGUAGUCAUUCUAGGUGAAUCCUGGGUAAAUAAUUUCUUGUGUCUAAUUCUUCUAUCUUUUCUCCGUUUUUCUUAUGUUCUCAAUUAUUCUGCAAACUCAUACUUUUUAAUUUAGUGUAGUUUGUUGGAGAGUAUGUCAGCGAAUUUGUGUAUCUGAUUCUAGUUUAAAGUCAAACUGUUCUACCAUUGUGGUUUUUAACACUAGUGGAUUUCCAAUCUAGACGAAAUCCUAAGAACGUAGGAAACAAAUUCCUUUAACAAACUUUAUGUGUCGUUUACGUUCUGCUCAUCAAUAUUUCUGGAUUCAUCCCCACUUACACUUUUUACUUGUUAUUCCUCUUCGCUUGUCGCAACGUUCUCGGUUACUCUAUUCAGCUCCUCUUUCGCAGGUUACAAUCUACAAAUUUAUUGUUACAAUAAUUAUUCUUUUUGAUAGUUUUGUCUUUUGUGAAUUUCUGAUCAACUGAUAUCAUAAUGAGGACACGGUUGAUUACGUAAUCCAACUCGUAAUAGCAUUACGGUUAUAAUCGCUGGGUUUAGUUUUAUUUUAUAUUACUGUAAUGUAACAUCGAUACAAUAAACUAUUUAUGUGGUCUCGUUUUGUUAUAAUAUCUAGCAUUUACAUGCCAAAACAAUUGGUUGAAUUGAGUUUGAUGAGCUCCUUUAUUGAGAUAAUAAUCUAAUCCUGCAAAAUGUUUACAGGAGUAACUAGGAUCAGCAGUCCAUUUCCCGCUAGGAAAUAUCUGAAUACGAGAAAGAGACAAUUGUAGGUACUGGUUUCAGUAAAUGGAGAAGUUUGGUCUAAUGCUUGUUUUUUUCUUCCUUUUGGGAAAAUGUUUCUACUUUUAUUGACCUGCAGCUUGGUUAGGUGAUUUGUAAGGUGAUAUGAUCUGGAAGGUAGUUUUAUUUAGUAUAUGAAUUUGUAGGUUAGAAUUGUUGUGUACAAAUUAAAGUGGAGUGAGAAAAGGGGCACAUAACAUACAUGAGUCACCUACUUCUAAUAAUCCGAUACCGUGAAAACAUGCCUCUCAACUUCAAACUCAAAGUUAUAAAAGUUUCAUAAUUUUAAAAUAAUGUAUUUUUCUUUGAAUUAAUUUAACAUAUAAUUUCAAAAAAAAAAAAAUGCUACUCUCCAAUAACUCUUCCGGCAAUCUCGUCGUGGCUGUUGCUCUCCUCUUUGCCGGCGCUCUAUAUAUCUGCUUCUCCUCACGUUUGAUCUUUGAUCCUAUAUCCGGCCUCCAACACAAUUUUAACAUUCUGAGAACGAUAAAGUUUCCAGUGGACGACCUAGAGGUGGCACUGGACAGUGCAGCAAUAGGAAACAACAAGACGGUGAUUAUAACUAUGGCGAACAAAGCCUACGUGGAGGAGGUUGAAGGAGGGAGGUCGAUGUUGGACCUGUUCCUGGAGAGUUUCUGGGAAGGAGAGGGUACCACGCCAUUGCUGGACCAUCUGAUGGUGGUUGCAGCGGAUCAGACGGCCUAUGAUCGCUGUCGUUUCAGGAGGCUCCAUUGCUACAAGAUGGAGACGGAGGGAAUUGACUUGGAGGGAGAGAAAGUAUAUAUGUCAGAUGAUUUCAUUGAGAUGAUGUGGAGGAGAACUCGAUUGGUCCUAGAAGUUCUCCGCCGUGGCUACCAUCUCCUUUUCACGGACACGGACGUGAUGUGGCUGAGGAACCCCUUCUCUCGGCUAAGCAACAACGGGACCUUGGAUAUGCAGAUAAGCGUUGACAGCGGCAUAGGAGGACACUUGAUAAACACUGGCUUCUACCACGUCCGUUCCAACAAUAGGACCAUCUCUCUUUUCCAGAAAUGGUACGACAUGAGACUCAACUCGACAGGCAUGAAAGAACAAGACGUCCUCAAGAAUCUCCUCGACUCGGGUUUAUUCAACCAGCUUGGUCUCACCGUUGGCUUCCUCAACACCACACACUUCAGCGGUUUCUGCCAAGAUAGCCCUGACAUGGGUGCUGUCACCACCGUCCACGCCAACUGCUGCCGUCACAUCUCUGCCAAAGUCUUUGAUCUCACUCUUGUUCUUCACGACUGGAAACGCUACAAAGCCUCACAUGUCAACACCAUAUGGAGCCCCCAUGCUAAGUGCUGGGGUUCAUGGAAUGAUACCCAAUAUACCCCCAAAACCUGAGCUUCUUGUCGUUUUAUGGUGAUGAGAUUGCGUCUAUAUACGUACACACAACACAAUUAAUUACUUACAUCUCUUCUUUCUUCACCUGAUGGUUUCUGUUUCUUGCCCACCGUUGUUUAGAAGAAAGUUGUUUAUCACCUAGCUAUUGGUUAUAGCUAUGGUAGAAAUUCUAUAAAUUAAUACUAAAAUAAAUUAAUAAACACCAUAAAUUAAUAAAUUUUCAUGAUUCAAAGUUGUGAUGAUUCAAAAUAUGACAUAAAUCGAUAAAAUAAUAUGAUAAUAAUUUUUUAGAAAUCUUAUGUAAAUAUAUGAUCUCAUUAAAAUUAUAAUUGAUAAUUUAUAUGAGUAUAUGUUUUAUAUGUGUAUAAACAGACCAUUAUGUUUUUUUUAUUCAAAUAAAAUUAUCUUUAUAUUUUCUUAACACUUUAUACAUUUUGAUGAGAUUUAAUAAAAUUAUAUGUAAACUACAUUUAAACUCUAUGAAAUAUAAUUUAUAUACGCCAAACAAUAUAAUAAAAACAGUAUGAAUGUCAAAUUUCAAAAAUUAAAUUAAUUUAUAUAUUUAAAGACUAAAAAUCUUUUAAAAAAAACUUUUUGUAAAUUAAUAACGCUAUAAAUUAAUAAAAUAAUAUAGUCCCAAUAUUAUUAAAUUUCAUAGUUUUUACUGUAUACAACCAGGUAGAUAGACAUACUGUCAAAUGGACUAGGCAUACAAGUUUGGUCUUCAGUUGUUCCAAAAAUCAAAAGAAAUUGCCUUUUAUUUCCAAUAUCUAUAGGCAGUGUGUUUUGUGUAAUGUCACCGAAAACUGUUUCAGAUACAUGCAGCUCAAUUCCACCUUGUAAUUUUGUGUAUCGAUCUUGUACUCUCUGAUCGCCUCUGAACAAAAUCAUCAUAGCAAAUUCUAUUGUUUACUGAAUUUGCUCUUUUUUUCCUUGUCAACACCAAACAACCAUCUAGUUUCUUACCACAUGUAAGUAACUGAGUAAGAACACCCUUCUCAGUGGGUUUCUUAUUUUUAGUUUCUUAACCACCUUUUAUUAAUAUUUUAGUAUGAUGUAAGUAAAUCAUUUAAUUUUAGUUUUGUUAAUUAAAGAAAAACCUGGUACUAAACUUUAGAUAGAUUCACGUGAUGGGGCAACUUAGAGCAUCUCCAACGGGGAGAUGUCUCCAAAUAUCUGAAAAUUUAAAAUAUUAAAAACCUAAAGAGUAUGAGAGAAGUCAAGUUACGGUCUUCAAAUAAGACAAUUAAUUUAAUUUAAUUUAGAUUUGUUUAAAUUCAGUUUGAUUCAGUUUUAUUUGUGGUCCAAAUUAAGUUAUGCUUUGGUUUACACAAUUAAAUUAUGGUUUGGUUUAAAUUCACAGUUUUGGCUUACACAAUUAAAUUAUGGUUUGGUUUAAAUUCACGGUUUUGGCUUACACAUUUAAAUUAUGGCUUGGUUUAAAUAAAAUCCGGUUUACAUGGUUUAUCACGAUUUUGCUUAACCAGUUCAUUUUGGUUUGCUUUGGUUAAAACUAUAUAAGUCUGUCUUCAAAAAGAAAAAAAAACAAAUUUGUGGAGAAAAGUAAAUAUUCUGUUGAAGUUUGUUAACUAAACCUAUUGAAAAGAAAUAAAUCGGUUGAAAAAUAUAUAAGUCUAUCAAAAUUAAAUAAUUUGUGGGCAAAUGAAAACAAAUCUGUGUAAAAAUAAGCUUGUCAAAAAAUAAAAUAAAUCUGUGUCUAAAGAACAAAUAAAUCCAUCAAACCUUA